AUGCCGAUCACGGCGGAGGAGAUGACGUACGACAAGAUCGUGCGCGUGACGGACUCGAAACAACGGUUGGCGCCGAGGGACGGGACGUUUUACGGCGCGCCGCCAAAGACGUGGGCGGAACGCGAACUCGAAACCGUGGACGCGCGAGAGUUGGAGGCGCUGGACGCUCUGUUCGAGACGUACGUCGAGGGUGCGUACGUCGAGGGGAGUGGGUUACCGACGUACGAGGAGGCGUUGGCUGGGAGAGAGAAUUUGAGAGAGCGCGCGGAGAGCGAGCGGGCGGCUUCGGCGAGCGACGAGGGCGAGACGGUGGAUUCGGCGUCGGAAAGCGCGGAUGAGGAGAAAGAGACGGCGCCGUUCGUUCGUGUGCCUAUUCGAGACGCCGCGGGGCGGUCGUACGGGACGGGGCGAAGGAAGACAGCGGUCGCUAGAGUGUGGCUCGCCCCCGGACCGGGCGAGCACAAGGUGAAUGGACGACCCUACGAUGAGUAUUUCUCGUCGCCCACCGUUCGCGGCGAGAUGGUCGCCCCAUUCUUCGUGAGCGAUACCGUUGGUUUAUUCACCGCCGUCGUGGACGUUCGCGGGGGCGGGAUUAGUGGCCAAGCACAGGCGUGUCGCCACGGCAUAUCCGUGGCGCUCCAAAACUACGACCCGGUGUUUCGACCGGCGCUCAAAGCCGCCGGGUACCUCACGCGCGAUUCCAGGAUCGUCGAACGCAAGAAACCUGGUAAGGCCAAGGCGCGUAAGUCAUUCGCAUGGGUCAAGAGAUAG